AUGGUCGAGUCGCUGCAAGUCGCAUGGGUGCUUGUUAGGUUGCCGGCUGGGGCACGCUGGUGCAUGGGGCUACGCGGACUAUCCGUUGGUGCACUCUGCUGCGUGAGAUCUGCUGAAAUUUCGAGCGGCAAAUUUAUGGUCAUCCCUUCUUCUUCUUCCAGAAGGGGGAUCUCGAUCUCGAUCUCGGCCGACGACUCUUUCUGCUUCGGCUCGUUCUUGGAGGGCUGGUACUACCGCUGCCUCGGCCUCGACCCGUGA